AUGCCGAUCCGAGUGGCUGUGCAGUGGGCUGUUGACUUGGCCUUAGAUUUGGGACAGCUUAUGGAAUCCCCAGGAGAGCCGGCAACAGCGAGAUCUGAACCCUGCUGGGAACGACCACCAUUGGAAUGGUUCAAAUGCAAUGCUGAUGGAGCCUUUUAUGAUCAGCAAUGGAAAGGUGCAACAGGUGUUGUUCUACGUGAUGACAGUGGCGUCUUUGUCAGGGGGAUUGCCAAAUGGUAUGAGCAUUGCCUGGACGCACUUACCAUGGAAGCGCUAGCUUGCCGGGAUGGCCUGGCUAUGGCACUGCAGUUGGGAAUUCAGAAAGUUUGGCUAGAAUCUGACUGUCAGGAGGUGGUCCGGCUUUGGCAAGUAAGGGAUCAGCAGAGAUCUAGCGUGAUGUCCAUCCUGAAGGAGAUUAAGGAGUUGAGCACCCUGUUCCAAGAGUUUAAAUUUUCUUUUCCUUCUCGUUCUUGUAAUAGGGUAGCACAUGCUUUAGCGAAACAGGUCACAUGCGAAACUCGGGUCGGGUGGUGGUCUAUUGCCCCGGCUUGUGUCUCUGGCCUGCUGUCUUCAGAUUGUAACCCUCCUUAUAAUUGA